AUUUAAUCUGGCUGCAUACUGAUCUCUCCUUGUGCAAGUUCACCACUCUUCACGGCUCGUCUUCUUUGCCUGCAGGAAACAUGAGAUUCCGACUUCCUUCUUCACUGCUCCCAGCAGCCACGCCGGACAGGGCGAGUUCCAACGAUGUCGAUAUGCCGGAGCCCGCGCUCCAUGAGAGACAGGCCAUGGGGAAAGAAGCCGGCGUCAACGCGAACACCAGUCAAGCCAUUCCCGAAAAUGAGAAGACGGAACUUCAACAUGGUGUUGCGAGUGUUGAGGCUAUGACUGAGGUAUGGACUAAGCGAGAUCUCCUCAUCGCAUACGGACUUAUCUGGGUCGUGGAGUUUAUGCUCGCAUUCUCCUCUGGCAUCGUUUCCACCUUGACGCCAUAUGUCACAAGCUCGUUCCAAAUGCAUUCCUUGACUGCAACCACCAGUAUCAUUUCAUCCUUGAUUGGAGGCCUCUUCAAGAUCCCCUACGCCAAAAUUCUUGAUAUUUGGGGUCGUCCACAGGCCUUCUUGAUCAUGGUCUCCUCGAUCACUCUUGGUCUCGUGAUGAUGGCGGGUUGCAAUGAUGUCAAGACCUAUUGCGCCGCCCAAGUCUUCUACUCUGUUGGGUACACAGGCAUCGACUUCUCCAUGACCAUCUUCGUAGCCGACACGUCCAAGCUGCGAAAUCGUGCUUUUAUGCUCGCCUUCACAGCUUCCCCGUACCUCGUCACCACGUGGGCUUACGGUCCGGCUGUUAACAGCAUCCUUAGUACUAUCGGGUACAGAUGGGGCUUUGGCAUCUGGGCGAUCGUGCUGCCGCUGAUUUGUGCACCGCUCUGCGCACUAUUCUGGUACAACCAAAGAAAGGCCAACAACUUGGGGCUCAUCCCUCCUCGACCAAGCCGUGGAAAUGCUUUUGAAACCUUCAUCUACUACUGCCGGGAGUUCGAUGUCAUCGGACUGCUUAUCAUCAGCACAGGACUGGCGCUUUUCCUGCUGUCGUUCAGCCUGUACUCCUACCAAAAGGACGAGUGGAGAUCACCACUCAUCAUUUGCUUCCUCAUCUUCGGGGGCUUGCUCAUCAUUGCGUUCGGAUUGUACGAGAAAUACCUUGCACCAGUUACGUUCAUCCCUUGGUAUUUGUUGAAGAACCGCACCAUCAUCUUCACCUAUACCAUGGCAGCCAGCAUCUACGUUGCCUGGUACAUCUGGGACAGCUACUUCUACUCGCUCAAUAUCGUCCUGUUCCGGCAAUCAAUCACGCAAGCGACGUACAUCGGCAACAUCUACACCAUCGGAUCCUGCUUCUGGUCACUUGUCCUCGGCGUUUGCAUUCGCUUCAACGGCCGCAUAAAAUGGUAUGCGCUGUGCUUCGGAGUUCCACUGACGAUCCUCGGUGUUGGACUGAUGAUCCAUUUCCGCCAACCGGGUGUCCACAUCGGCUACAUCGUCAUGUGCCAGAUCUUUGUCGCUUUCGGUGGCGGUACACUCGUUAUCUGCGAGCAGAUAACUGUCAUGGCGGUCUCCACCCAUCAGCACAUUCCGGCGGUCCUCGCCAUGGAGGGAUUGGUCGCGUAUGUCGGCAGUUCAAUCGGACUGGCAAUCGCCGCAGCCAUGUGGACUGGUAUCUUUCCACAGAAAUUGUUGGAAAACCUACCUGCAAGUGCACAAUCCGACUUUGCCAGCAUCUACGGUGACUUGACCGUACAAGCCAGUUACCCUGUUGGAAGUCCGACAAGAAUUGCAAUCGAUAAGUCGUACGCAGAGACCCAAAGGCUGAUGCUGAUCGCCGCUACCAGUUUGUACACAAUCACGCUGGUCUCAACUGCCUUGUGGAAGGAUAUUGAUGUCAAGAACAUGACGCAGCGCACCAAGGGUUUGAUCUAGACGGUGGUGCGCCCAAGGUUGAAGACCUUUGUGACUGGACCUGUCGAACAAGGAACCAUUGACGAUGCUAUCCGGUUGCGUAAAAGUCCUCAUUUGCUUCAGGUUAAUGUACGAAUAGGAAUAAAGCAAGACCUCUUAACCUUCGA